AUGCCCCGAUAUCGAAUCCGAUAUCGAAAGAAGCUGUUUGAUUUUCGGUGUGAACAUCCUCGAUGUGGUGCCGUGGUGUCUGCCGCGCUUACUUUUUUACAGUUGCAAUCAGAAAUGCGGACAGAGGCUUGGGAAAUCCCUGAUUUGGAGUUUCUCCUGCACGCUUUGCGGAUCAGUUUCGUCGACCCGCGAGGGACCGCCCUGUUUUCGAUUCCAUCUGCUCAGAUUUAUCUCCACGGCAAAGCCCGUGUCCGUUUCCAUAAAGGCAGCAUUCCACAGGAGGAAUAUUUUCUGCAAGUUUUCACUUUCUUGCGCCGGAAAAUACAGUUGCGGGAAUACCGCGAGGCAGUCAAUGCCCGGCGGCUCCUGCAGCAGUCUCUGGAAACCAGUUUGCAGCAAUGCGAGUAUCGAGAAAUUUUAUGGCAUUGCUUCGUAGGUAAGGACACGCAUGCUUUCUUUGCAAAUUUGACUACCACUUUGCAGCGCACCGUUGCAUUUCAGCAGCAGGUCUGGACUCCACAGGAGUUCUCCGUCUUUUGGGAUCAUAUCCAGCAGGCUGUUGCUGUCAGCUGCACGGAGAUCACCUGGGUCGACCGCUAUCGCGGAGAACCUUUCCGACGGGUGCUACCUACGCAUUCUUUGAUUACUGCUGCUGAGUUGCUGCAUUUUUUGCGUGCUCGGCCACCCAUGGACCUGGCUCACUUCUUGACUGCCUUUGAUGCGUGCCUGCCCCAUCCAGCCGCUCAAUGGCAGUUUCGUUGCCUCGGCCCUGAGUCUCGUCGAGCCGCUUUGGCAAACGCAUGUGCCGUCACUGCGCGGGAGCCUUGCCCAUAUCCAUCUGAUUGCGAGCAGCCCCGUGGGCCUGUUGGCCAGGUGGUAUGUCCGCUCUGCAACAGACAAUGCAGCGAUGCCAAUGCAAUGCUCCUGCACCUGCGUGCGGACCAUCCCACGCGAGAAGGGCGUGCUCCUUUGCUCGCCAGGUGUGCGGAUGCUUGGCCGAAUGCUGUAUCGACAGCAAGUCUGACAGGUCACAUGGCCGCAUACCGCACCGAGUUCGAGCAGCUGUUGCAGCCCAACCUUUUUUGUGGCUUUUGUUCCGCUGCGUCUCCAACUGAAGAAACUUUUCUGGUAGACUUCCGUGACACUGCAGACACCGCUGCUUUUUUUCACAGUUGGUUGUCAGCUCGACGCUUCCUAGAAAACUGGGCCCAGUCGUUCGAAGAGGAAUUGCCGGUCGGCUAUGUCGGGCUGACUUAUGAACAUUUGCAGAGCGACGCCUGGCUGCUCUACAUUCCCUCUGACAAGCUCAAAGAUUGGGAGGCCGCUGCCGCAGAUCCUGUAUGUGCACUACGUUGUCCUUGCUGCACUACUUGCUUCUCACUGGUGAAGCGACAACCCCCACGACUACCACCGGCUGCGUUGGCUAACAACAAUGUUUGCUUGAAGCCCCCAAAGGAGUUACAAGGCUUGUCUUUGGGAGAGCAAAUGUUCAUCGCUCGUGGCUUUCCUCUGCGCCGCCUGCGACAGCUCGUGCAUUCUGGCGACCCUGCUGCGCGGCAAGCAGGCCUCUUCGGGACAGCAAGCGCGAUUGCUUUUCCACAGAAUGGCAUCACCGUCUUGCGUGCGCUUCCAACAACCCCCGAACACGUGGCUGAAUACCUGAGCAUUUUUUUCACCAACCUGCUGCACUCGGAUCUUCGCUUUUGUCGCGAAUUUAUUGUCCGACGUGCUGUGGUACACCGGGCUCUGUCGUGGCUAGUCCUACACAACCCGUUUUACUGUGAUCUCUCCAUUGACCUGGAAGCAUUGCAGCAACUGCCCGAGGACGGAGUUCCAGAAGCAUGGCUCCAACAAGCUCAACGCACCGAUGUUGCCUUGCAGCGGGAGGUUGGCCCUGCCGAUGCCACUGAGGAAGGUUCCAGCACCUUAGGCAGUGUAAACGCAGCAGUCCUCGAGCCAGGAACCGACUCAAUCGAUCCAAUUCAGCUCUGGAAUACGGCUCUCCUUGCCUGUGAGCGCUUCGACCGCACAGCCAGCACAGACUAUGAAGCGGCGACGGCGCACUUUCGCUUGGCGCAAGAAGCCAUGCAACGCCUAGGGCACAGCGCUAGACAUCCAGCUCUGCAGGCCGCCGAAGAACAUCCGACGAAAGUUUAUGCCUUCCUUCCGCAUGCAGAUCAGCCAUUGGAUAGUUACCAUCCUUCAUUUUGGAGCCUUUGUUUUCCGUGUCUGUUUCCAUACGGGGACGGUAUUGAUGGCCAGUAUCGAACGUCCUUCCUUUCGGACCAUGCCUGGGCAGCUCAUCUUCUUCUUCGCCGGGAUCGUGCCCCAGAGAUGCAUUGGCGCUUGGAUCUCGACUUUGUCGCAGUUCUCUUUUCUGUCUUGCAUCGGCGCCGCCUUCUACGAGCUGUUCGCGUGAAAAUCGCCUCUCCCAGCUUCCAGGCGCUGCGUUCCAAUGACGUUGCUGCAGCCAUGAAGACCAUCCUCCGCCUCUUGCAAACGGUUCAGGGGACCGUGCCAUGCACAGAUGCGGCUCGGCGAGUCAUGCGCCAACAAUUGGCGUCCAUGACCAAGUAUCUUGGCUCCCCCUGUGUUUUUUUGACCUUGAACCCAGCUGACGUCUUGCGUCCUUAUACUUGGAAAUUUGCUUUAUCAACAGAUCUACAUGUCCUCGAUCCAGCCCGUUUGGACUCCAGCCUUCGUCUUGCCUUGCAAGACGUAAACCUCUGGCGCAUCGUGGCGCAAGACCCGGCUGCAGCUGUGCAAGCUUUCCACCUACAUGUGCGCCUCUUUUUGGAGAUACUGCUGGAUGUCAACGCUUCUGCAACCCAUCUGGAGCCAGAUGGCAUUGCUUCGUCCACGGUCCGUGGCAUUUUGACACCUUUAUCAGGCGCUUUUGGAUCCAUUGAGCCACAGCAACGCGGAAGCCUACACAUUCACUUCUUGCUUUUCUGUUAUGGGUUCCACAGUCCGCAGACCUUGCUGCGUCGGUUUGCUACUCAGUUGCCUUUACUGGAGUCUCGCCUUUGGGCUUGGGUGCAGUCUAUCGUGGCCACCGCCUUUGAGGCAGUGCCACGUAUGUUUGCUUUGGACGCGGACGCUUUGCGGUCUCUUCGCCCGUUUCCUUACUCAGAUCAGAACUUGAGAGUCAUGCACCCGAGCUAUCGGCAACAUAUUCUGGAUGCCGGGCAGCAUUGGUUCGCUGGCGCACCUGCCGCUCUCCUACCAGCAGUGGAGCCGUUCAUCAACCCUUUCACGGACAACCUCGACACAGAACCUACCCUGGGUGUGCAGCCCCCUUCCUUGCACGCUUUUGAGACGAUACGACAUCAUCAGUUUUUUGGCCGCAUGAAUCCCGCCAUCCUUGCGACAACCAAAUGCAAUCACGACGUCUCUUUGCUGCUGCGGUUCCCCCCUUGUGCCAUAGAUGCCCCGGAUCCAGUGGCUGACAUUCAGGCUCGGAUGGCCACAAACAUGGGAAACCUGCUCUUCUAUGUGACCUGCUACACCACCAAAGUGCAGCCACAACUCACUUCACUGUGGUCUUUGUUGCAAGCGGCGGCACAAAAGUCUACAGAGGCACUGCAGCCACCGGCUCCGGUACUACCACAUCAAGUGCAGGCCCGCACCACUUUGUCUCGCCUACUUCUGGCGUGCCAGAAACGAUGUCACAAGUCAAUGCAGGAGAUGGUCUCUUACCUUUUGGGCUACGAUGAAUUUUAUUGCACGCACCAAUUCCACAAAUUGUUUUAUGGCGCUCUUGCUGCGCAACUGCAGCAACUUCAUCCUAUCCUCGUAGAGUCAGCUGCUGUAGCAGAGCUGGAGGCCCAGGACUCCGUACUGGUUCAGCCGGACAUCGCCCCAGAGCAACCGGAAACGGCACCAGCUUCCAGUUGGCGACUCGUGUCUUUGUCGCAUGUGGAUUACCAGUUUCGCGGCGCAGACCUCGCCGAUUGGCCUCUCUACUUUUAUGCCGCUGGUGUCACUCGGGUAAUGGCUUCCAAAAGCAGUCUACAAACACCGGGCUGUAUCCCUUUUACUGCCGACCAUAUCUGCUGUCAGGGUGCGAGGCAACAAGUUCUCACACAGUCACCGUGGCGGAUACCGCAUUUGAUAGGUCCUCGCAUUCCUGGUGUCGAGGAGCAUCCUGACAAACGCGGCUUACUGCUUUUGUUGCUCUUCAAACCAUGGUUUUCUCUCCGCGAUCUCUUGCCAUUGACUUGCAAUGCAGUCACUUGGGCCGAUGCUUGGGAGUCUUGGUACAACCACCUCCAACAACUUCAUGGAGAUGGCGCUGCCCGUGCAGACGUGCUGUCGCCAGCCUUCUGGGCACAGCGAACCAUUCACGUGGUUGGCAACAUCGACAACGAGUCUACGGCUGAUCCAGCCUCCGCAAGCAGAGAGCAAGCCCUCAAUCCUGAUGCUCUAUACGGCGUGCCAGACACAACCACUGUGGAGCACAGCCAUGCUACUGGACAUGACCAUGCAGAAUCCGAGAGCGAUCUUGAAUUCGAUCCUGACCACCUCCACGCCGACCCCGACCUCCACCUGGAUGAGGCCAAGUCUCCCUUCCCACCGAUUUUUCUACGCGCCGCGCCCCCCCCUGUGGUCCCGUGGCAGCUACCAGAUUAUGUGCCCACUAAGCGGCUUCAGCAAGAAGAACUUGACUGGGACUUGGCCAAACGGCUUGCGCCAGCAGCCUUUGCUGCCGCACCGCCCCGCGGUACAGACUUCCAAUUGCCCUGUCUGCCCAAAACAGAGCGCAUCGUUCUUGAGCAGGCUGAGGCCUGGUUGCUCCAUGGAUGUUGCGAUUCCAGCCCCGGUGUUCUCAACCUGAAGCAGGCAGCAUAUCUACUGCUCAUUGCCAUGUGGCUCCAAACAACGAUGAACAGUACCUGGGGUUUGCCCGCACGUAUACCUCCUUUCCAUACUUCUCUUUUGCUCGGCGGGCCGGGUACCGGGAAGACCUUCAUCACCAACGUGGCCAAAAAACUUGUCCACAUUUUCUUGCCCCAUAGCAUUCAAUCUGCAGCCUUCACCCAUCGAGCCGCCAGUCUGGUUUCUGGUGAAACUUUGCACGCCUGUUUGUCUUUGCCUCUGGACCUGACCGAUGCGACGGCUGGUGCUCAGCUCGGCGUCCAGAAGGACGACUUGCAAGCGGCUUGGAGCCAAAUCAAGACCUUGUUCAUAGACGAGGUUUCCAUGAUUUCCAACGAGCUGCUGGCCUUCGUGGACCUACGAUGUCGACAACUCUGCCGGAAUCAGGCAAUGGUGCCCUGGGGCGGCCUCUCCUUACGAUUGUCGGGCGAUUUUCAUCAGCUGCCACCCGUCCAAGCCACUUGUUUGAUCAAACCUGUUGCAUCUCAACUCCACAACGCAGAAGCUGCGUCCGGCAGGCUUCAGAUGGUGCAAGCCGGCGCCUCGUUGUGGAAGACCGUCGACUCCGUUUUGAUCCUGACCCACAGCCACCGCUGCUCUGGACCUUUGAGCACCCUGCUGCAAGAACUUGUCAGCGACAAAGGCAUCUCCGACGAAUCCUGGCAACAUUUGGUCGCCCGCAGCCUUGGAGCCAAUGACCCGCGGUUACAAGAGCCAAAAUUCCACGCAGAGCGGUGUCCUGUUGGAGUGCUGCGACAUUCCAUCCGCAGCGCGAAGAGUCUGCAGCGAGCCCAGCAUGCUGCCUUUGCCAGCGGCCACCGGUUGCUGAUAGCUAUGGCCGCUGAUCGCAUAUCCGGCUCUAAUAGACCCAUCGGUCUGACGCCCGAUCUGGGCAUGGAAGCUGCUUCCGUGCACAACUUGACGACCACCGCGAAUCUUCCGGCUAUGCUGUACCUCUUUUCUGGUUUGCAACUCUGCUUGGAAAGCAAGCUGUGUGUAGAAUUGGGCGUCGUCCGCGGUUGCACUGCUAUCGUCGAUGCCAUCCUGCUCGCUGACAACGAACCGCGCCUGGGCUCUGAGAUUCGCUUCCUCUCUGAAUUUUCCUUUUGUUCAUUUUUCCUGCUGAGGCAUUUUGAUCCAGACCCGACUCUACCACCGCACGCAUUGCUUUUCCUACCCAUUGGCCUCAUCCUUCGAGUACCGAAUGCUACGUGGAUCAAGCACGCUGAUCUCGGACCUGGUCGUUUCUUUCUAGGACCUACUACGAGGAGCUGGCGGUUUUACCCCACUAGCGUGCCCACUGCCCAUGCCCUGUUGGAUCGAGAUCAACGGGCCUACCUACAGGUACAGCGGGCCCAACUGCCCUGCACCAAUUUGUUCGCCUUGACAGCGUACAAUCUUCAGGGGCAGACCCUCCCAGCGAUUAUUCUGGAUCUCGCUAAGCCACCGUAUAUCAAGAAUGACGACUACUGGAUUGCUUGUUUGGUACUUCUCAGCCGGGUGCCAACCUUCGAUGACUUGCUCCUCGUUCGUUUGCCCGACCGAAAGUCUUUGAGCAGGCCACGGCCUGACUACCUGCGACUCGCGCAUGCUGAUUUCACUCGCCGCGAACAGGCCACGCUCCGGCAGUUGCACCAGGCGCUUGGAGCCUUACGAUUUCCUCGGCUACAGAGCCUCAUCACCGAACCCCUGCUUGCAGCCGCUCCAGCCGUGCUCCGUCGCAGCCACCCGCAGAAGCGCAAGAUGCCUUCAUCAGACACAUAG